AUGAGUGCAACAGGCGAAUUCGGUAACCCCCUGAGGAAGUUUAAACUUGUGUUUCUUGGCGAACAAAGUGUUGGAAAAACAUCCCUAAUUACUCGGUUUAUGUAUGACAGUUUUGACAACACAUAUCAGGCCACUAUUGGGAUUGAUUUUCUAUCAAAGACAAUGUACCUUGAGGACCGAACGAUACGACUUCAGUUGUGGGACACUGCUGGGCAGGAGAGAUUCAGAAGUUUGAUUCCCAGCUAUAUCCGAGAUUCAUCUGUUGCAGUUGUUGUGUAUGACAUCACAAAUGCAAACUCCUUCCACCAGACAUCAAAGUGGAUUGAUGAUGUUCGGACGGAGAGAGGAAGUGAUGUGAUUAUUAUGCUGGUUGGCAACAAGACAGAUCUUUCAGACAAAAGGCAAGUGUCUACAGAAGAAGGAGAAAGGAAAGCUAAAGAGCUCAAUGUGAUGUUUAUAGAGACCAGUGCCAAGGCUGGCUACAACGUGAAACAGCUGUUUAGAAGAGUAGCUGCAGCACUGCCGGGAAUGGAGCAGAAAGAUGAUAAAAAUAUAA